AUGAACUCGCAAGUUAAUAGAAUUAUGUGGUCUUCGGAUUUUAUAUACAGCAAUAAAUGGACUGCUACUUCACUUGGAAAAACUACCUAUUUAGAAAAAGAUAAUGGAUUAUCAAUGACUAGAAAUUUAUACGAACCAACUGCAUCAUUCUUUUCGCAACAAAUUUUGUUUUUAAUAUUUUUUAUAGUUUUAUUUUAUUUCACCUGUUGCUAA